AUGAUUAAGUUAAAUAACGAUGAUGUCAAUAUACUUGAUUUGCCUGAUGAAAUUUUAUUGAUGAUUUUUAAGAAACUCAAUUCAACUGAUGUACUCUAUUCACUUGUUGAUAUUAAUAAACAAUUUGAUCGAUUAGCACUUGAUUCUCUUUAUGUUCGUGAUCUUGAUAUGACUGAUUUGAUGAUCAUUAAUUCAUUGUAUGAUCAAACAUCUUCAAUAAAUACAAAAAUUCUAUCAAAAAUUUAUGAAAAAAUUUUACCUCGCAUUCAUCAUCAAAUACAUAAACUGACUAUUGAACAAUAUUCAAUGAAAAAUAUUCUUCUUGCUGGUAUUUAUCCUAAACUUUAUUAUUUAUCACUUAUUAAUUUUGAAGAAGAAAUACUAUAUCAAUAUUUAACAGAUGAUUUAAUUCUUCGCAAUCUUCUUAUGAAACAAAUAACACAUCUUAAUAUUGAUACUAAAAAGAGAACAGAAUAUUGUUCGAGAACUCUUUCAAAGAUUUUUGAAUUAAUCUUAUCUUUAUGUAAAAAUUUAAUUUCUUUAAAUUUUUGCGAUAUGUUUCCUAUAAGAACGAAUCAGACGCCUAUUUUUUAUCUAUCAUCAAAAAGUCAUAUGUCUUCAACUUUAAUAAAAUUGAAAAUCAAUGUUACCAGUUUGGUUGAUUGUCUUUAUCUUCUUGAUGGUCGUCUCGAUUCUUUAACAAUAUUAAUUAUUAAUGUGGGACAGAUUUUUGAUCCAAUAAUAGAUAUCAGUUCAAGGAAAAAGCUUCCCAAAUUGAAAUAUUUUUCAUUUACCGCUUCUAAUUUCACAUGUUAUUAUGAUAUUCUAAUUGUUCCGUUACUUUGUCGAAUGAUAAAUCUUGAAGAAUUGAAAUUAUAUCUAUCAUUACAAAGAUUUAACUCGAGUUAUAUUGAUGGUAUUCAAUUAUAUGAUCAAUUUCUUGGUUACAUGACACAAUUAAAGAGAUUUAUAUUUUGGAUUAAUACAAAAGUCUUCAACGAUACAGUUAAUGUUGAACUUCAAUCAAAUAAAGAUAUUCAACGUAGUUUCAUUCGAAGAGGAUACGAACAAGUUGCUUCAUUUUCAUCAUUUGAUUUUAAUCAAGAUUCAAUUGAUAAUGAAACAUUUGUAUCAUUGGGUUGUCGAGCUAUUCGUAUCUAUGUCUUUCCUUUUUUUUCAAUUCUUUCAAUAUAG